AUGCAACCUUGGCUCUGCUCUUUCCUUAUCCUAUCACUGUGUUAUUGUGAGAUUCACCAAAUUUUGUGUAAAUUCAACAUUGUUCAAGAUCAAGAAGUGACCGACAACAUCGACUUGGAGCUUUCCCUGGGUGUUGGAAAAAGUCGCGGAAAUCAGCUGGAGGGCAAGUUUCCACUCUGCAGAACUCCAUCAGAGGUCCCCGCGGAGGAACACGUCAAGACAGAGCCCCGUGAAAUAUUUCCAAUCGAUCCCAAGCAACUUGGGGGCAACAAAAGAAGAGUUGUGAGCAUGACAGAUGAAGGACUUCAUUCUUCAAAGCGCUUUCAUUCAGCAGUACUCGCAAAGGAAGAGAUUGACUGCCAUGCGGAGUGUCUACCAAAACAAGAGCAGUUAUCAGAGUAUCUUGGGAGCAUCUACCCACCCAUAAUUGAUGGAUCCCCGUUUGAAAAAGUGGCCACCCAUCAGCCUCAGCCAUGGGAUGUGGACUUUGCCAGUCAAACAAAAUCACAAAUUCCACAUCCUGCUUUCAAUCAUUUGAGACCUUAUGCAACACAUCCAAACGUAGCUCUGUCGCCCAGCUGGUUUGGUCGACAACCCUUCCAUGACACAACAUCCAAUAACUUUUACAAAUCUAACUACCCACAUUUAUUCUCACAAGGGCAAGGGGGCUUUCCGGGGUCCUGUGCAUCGACAACUGGGAUGGUAGAAAAUAAACUUACAAGCAGUGAUCCCACGUGGCUUGGUCAACAACUCCGCGAACAUUACUCCUGUCAAAUUCUCGAUUGGAUUCCGCCUGAUAUCAACGAAGCAGCAGCCCUUGCAUCGUAUUCCAUAGCUUCGAAAUUCUUCUUCAAAGCGCCGUUGAAUGUUCGAGCGAUGCAUGAAUCACACUCGAUCCUGAUUCCGUUUCUUUACAAACUAAUGAAGAAACCAAUCUCGCAAAAUCACUGGAAAAGCAUACUCAGUGUCUGGAACAGAUUCUGGAAAGCGCCCAUGAAAGCGGACGGUGAUGUUUACGCGCUCAAGAAAUUUGUUUGGAUCUCUGACCUGAUUUCCGAAUCCACUCUGCCUGAAAUCUACCAGGACGCGGAGGUGGCUGUCAGAUACUCGACGUGA